AGUUUUGCUCUAAACCAUCUCUUGUUCGUGAUACCACUCGCAUUAAAUUACGUAUACACAUUCCAGUCCAUUUAACUCCUAAGUCCUGUGGUCUAACAGGCUGUAGCAGACUUGGAACUGUACCUCAGCAUGCCGUUGCUUGUUGCCGUUGCAGGAGCGAGGAGAGAUCUGGGGAAAUCGAAGCUCGGCACCCGCCGCGCGCGCACGCGCCAGUACCGCCAUGCGCGUUCGCCUGCUGGGCGCGCGCACGCGCCAGUACCGCCAUGCGCGUUCGCCUCCUGGGCGUGCGGCCGCGCCUGCUGGCCUGGGCUCGGCUCGGCUCGGCUCCCGGCGAAGAUGGCGCGGAUGCUAGGGAAGCUGGCACCUGAGGAUUGCCCCAGGUUCAUUCACAGGGUAAUUGAUGGUAUUUGUGGACGUGCAUUUCCGCGGUUUCGGGAUUAUGGAAAUGUUUGGAGUCUUGUAGAAUGGAUGGAGGUCCUAGGUGAGGCCACAACGUUUGUAAAACAUGCCUGCAGUAAACACCUGUCUGAUGAAGAGGUUCAACAACUAAUGAAUGGACUGAGUGCAUCUCAUCAAGAAGCAGUACUUAGUUGUUUAAAAGCAAGAAAGGAUGAGCUCAGACGGGCAUUAAUCGAGAAAACCAACAACAUGUCUUCUGCUCAGCUACAGGAUUUUGAUUGGCAGCUAAAGUUACCUCUUUCAAGUGACAAGAUUGCUUUUCUUCAAAUUCCACUGCUGAACCUUGACCUCAGUGUCAAGGAAAAUGGAGUACUAAAACCUGUCACCAUUGAAAUGGACAAAGAAGAGCUCCAGACACUAAUUCACUCUCUGGAGGCAGCAAAUAAGGUUGUUCUACAAAUAAAAUGAUUGGACAUGAUCAUUAACGUCUUUUCCAAUGGAAGAACUACUUUGAACUUUGCACUGAUACUGAAGUGAAAAAACAUUGGAUUCAUAAACACGAAGUUAUCAAGCCUGGAGAACUUCAAAUAUCUUGAUGAAAAAUCUGCUUUAUUUUUAAAGCACUUGUUAACUUUCUGAAACUCAUUGAAGUUUGGUCAUGUUUAAUAUUUGGUUCAAUAACUGGCCACAGAAAUAGCAAUGUGCAGUAAAGCUAUAUUUGCAACUAUAUUUUGUGUUUUGUUUCCUGAUUGAGCUGUAGUUGUUUGAUGUAUUCUUUUCCCAACUAAUGAAGGCUCCUAGUGGAAGAUAUAACUAAGAAGAAAAAUACAUCUAAGUUUGUUGUCUUGGAUUUCACACAUUGCCCAGAAGAAGGAUUUGACAUGUGAUCUGACUGAAAAUGCUGGAUCUUUUGCAGCACUUGAGUGUGUUAUCUAAUAACCACUUCAUUUGACAUGGGUCUCAAUAUUGUCAGAUUAGCUUUCGAGAUGGAAAGGAAAAUGAAUGCAAAUAGGGUAAAACAUUCAGAAAUACCUACAUUGUAUAUACACCCAGUAUUCAGUUUUAUGAGAUAUUUAACCUAUUUCUCACCUAUGUACUUUCAACUACAGUGGAUACUGGUUAAAUGUGCACAUCAAGACCAUUAUUUUUUUUUUGGCCCAAGUUAGCGGAUGCCAAAAUUAGCUGAAGUUUUAUGGAAAUAGUUAAAAAGGUGUUAAAGUCAAACUACCUUUAAUCUGAAUGACAAAUUAUGUAUUUAAAGGAAAUACAGAACAAAUUAGAUCACUAUCAAUAUUGCUACAGUACUGUAAAUCUCCAUUAAUCCAUAACAGUUACUGACAGAAGAAUUCAAGUGUAUGCUGGCAUUGUACUCGAAUGGUAAACUCUCCAUUCUUAGCCCCUUAAAUCAUUGAGGUUUAACACUUGUUCCAAUAACCAACAUUUUAUUUUUAUCAGUUCCUGACAUUUGAGCAACACAGCACAGUAAUGCGAUUCAUUGCUUUCUUUGAACCUGAUAGUGUGUGUUUGUAGCAAAGGGAACUGUCCAACAUGGCACAAAGUUUUUUUUAAGAAAAAGGCUUGUUUCAUGAGCAUUUUUUUAGAUGAUCACCUGCACAAAGUAUUUGUGGUAAGUUGGGGAGUUUUGUUGAUUGCCAUGUUUUUGCACUUUCAGUUUCAGCACUGCCUUUCUCACCGUGUCCUUUCUUGAACUUACUAUGGUGCCUACAUUUCUAUUGAGACAACCAACCAUCUAUUGAUCAUGACCCAGCUUCUUAGCUUGUUCCUUUGACUUUAAUCAAUGGUCCACUGACAUGCACACCUUGUCCAGUUACAAUAGAAAACCAUUGACUGAGGGGCUCAACAUCUGGAUCUGUACUUUCAUGCUUUUGUCUGAAUGUUGCCUGUUGUCCCUCGCAUAAUGUCCAUUCUUCUUGCAGUUUAUCUUGCUGAUGUAGUAAGCAUGUAACUAGAGUUUGGCACUCCAGUUAUCUCUGCCAGAUGAUGUUGAAUGGACUCUCAAACUAGAGAAACUCUGCAGAUGCUGGAAAUCUGAGCAAAACGGAGAAACUCAGCAGGCCUGGCAGCUGAUUCCUUCCAGCAUUUUGUGUGUGUUGAUGGUGAAUGGAGUUAGGUAACGACUUUUACUUUGGUGUAGUGUGGCUAGUAUCAAAUCUUUUCAUAGCAAAUGUCUCAAGUAUUUUUUAAAGUCAAUUUUGUUUAUUUUAUCAAACAUCACUGCUUUCUGAAUUGGUGGCCACCAGCUCAAAUGGAUAACAUAGCACAAGCAACUGUUCACUCUUAGAUAAUAUGGUGUAGUAUCUAAUAGUCACCCAAGUGCACCCAGCUGAGCAUCUUCUGCUCCAAUUAUGUGGCAUAAAACAAGGAAAUACUAGAUACAUUCUUGAUUUUUUUUAAAGAGUUGUCCCAAAUAAGCAGCUGCCUCUAUUAACUGAUGGCUCAAUCAAUUUGAUUCAAUUGUGCUGUUUUGUGUGCCUGUAAAUCUUUUAACUAUUUUGGCCCAUUUUGAAAUAAUGGCUCAUAUUCUGCUGGUAAUUAUUGGCAGAAUUUAGUCUUUUUGGGAUUGUCUCUGGUUCUGUGUUGGGUAUGAUGUAAGGGCCAUGGUCCUGCCAGUUGCAGCGAGGAAAGCCAAAAGCAAUAAGUUAAAUAUUUUAAAUUGUUUUAAGGAGUUUUGGUAGCAUUAUUUUAUUAAUGUAGCCACCUGCUUCAAUGCUACUGUAUUCAAAUUACUUUCUAAGUGUCAAAACUUUGAGGGGUGGGUUUCAGUAUAUUGUGUAAGGCCUUGUUGCUCUUUGGGUACUACCACAGGACUCCAGGGUACUCUGAAAAUGUCGGUCUUCUAGAAGGUAAGUGCAGGUGUGGGGUGACUGGAAGAUGAUUUCUGUCGGUGACCUGUGCCAAUUAGUGUUAGCCCAUUGCAAUUGUAGACUUCAACCCAACUGUCACCCACAAGUUGUUGAAGGAGAUGUUUUGUGCUCAGUCUGAAAAACCAUGGUAACCCUGAUCUUUGUGCAGACAAUUAGGAAGCACAGCUAAAGUGUGGUAGUAGAUGAUUUCUCCCUCUGAUGGGAGCCCUGUCACUAGUGGUGUGCUGCAGGUAUCAGUGCUGGGUCUAAUUUUGUUUGUCAUCUGUAUCAAUGAUCUGUCUAGUAGACUGGAUAAGCAAACUUGCAAAUAACACCAAGAUUCUGGAUAUAGUUUUCCUUGCUGUGUACUGUCAAAACUUGCAGUGGUAUCUGGACCAGCUGGAAAAAUAAGCAAUUUAAUGCAGACAAGUAUGAGGUGUUGUUCUUGGGGAGGACCAACCAGAGUAAAUCUUGCAUGGUGAGUGUUAGGACUCUGAAGAGUCUAGUGGAACAGAAGCACCUAGGAAUACAGGUUCAUAAUUUCAUGAAAGUGCAUCAUAGGUAGAUGUAGUUGUAAAGAGAUCUUCUGGCACAUCGGUCUGGAUAAUAUUUCUGCUCCUAUACUCAAAACGUUGAUUUAUGUUGAAAUUGGAUAAGACAUUGUUGAAGCCUAAUUUGGGGUAUUAUGUCCAGUUUUGGUCCCUUACAGGAAGGAUGUAAAUAAGAUUGAAAUAGUGCAGAGAAAAUUUACAAGGAUGUUGCUGGGACUUGAGGAUCUAAUUUAUAGGGAAAGGUUGAUUAAGGCAGGGCCUUAUUCCCUAGAAGGUAGAAGAUUGAGGGGAGAUUUUUUUUUUAGAGAGGCUUAUAGAAUUAUGAGGAGUAUAAAUUGGGUAAAUGCAAGCAGGCUUUUUCUGUUGAGGUUGGGUGAGACUACAACUAGAAGUCAUGAGUUAUAGGUGAAAGGUGUUGUGUUUAAGGGGAACAUGAGGGGUACUUCACUCAGGGAUGAGAGUGUGGUACAAGCUGCCAGCACAAGUGGUGGAUACAGGAUUGAUUUCAACAUUUAAGAGAAAAUGUGUAUUUAUAUGGAUAAGAGGGGUACAGAGCUGAAUGGUCCAGGUGCAGGUUGAUGGAAUGAGGCAGAUUAAUGGUUUGUCACAGACUAGAUGUGUUGGGCCUGUUUCUGUGACUAUAGGAAUCCAGGAAAUUGUGGCUAUGGGUACUUUAAAAAUCUGGUUUGGAUUUCCCCAUCAUACAUUGAUACUCAAACUUAUUUGAGAUGGUAAACAUUAAAUAUAUAAUUUUGUUUUGUGCUCUGAAGAUGUUUUUAAUUGAUGAAUUACAUUUCUGUACUUCUAAUGUCCGUUGCUACUCUUGAUGUCUGUUCGGUUCUUCAAAGAAUUGAAGCCUAAUCCUAACUGCUAUUUUACAACCCCAGUGCACUUUUAAAUAUGCAAAUGCUAAAUGUAAUGGGUAUGCAAAUCUGUAUUUUCAUUCAAGUCGUGUGUGUCACACACACACACACA